UGAAAUGCAGUAAAUAUGAGUUGUAUAACAUAAUUGUGUAACCAUCAGUGGAAAGUGCCCUUCGGGUAACAGGUGCCACAGAAAUGGCAACAGUGGCGAACCGGGUGGCACGUCAAGCCUUUUUAAAGGCUAAAACUGUGCAAAAUUCUACUCAGGCUAAUUUUGGCAGUUUUAAUAAUCCCACACCAAAGGGAGCUAAGAUUGUUGGUUUAAUAGCUGGCACCACAGCAGCAAUUGGAGCUGUUGGUUUGUAUGUGAGCAUCAAAGGAGCAGUCCAUGCCGGAACAGAACUUCACCUGCACCCUCCUAAAUAUCCCUGGUAUCAUUCAGGAUUUUUUACAGAGCUUGACAAGAGGAGUGUAAGGAGGGGCUACCAGGUGUACAAACAGGUAUGCUCAGCAUGCCACAGUGUAGAACAGGUCCGAUUCCGUGAGAUGGUGGGAGUCAUCUUUAGUGAAGAGGAGGCCAAGGCAGAGGCUGCUGAUUUCCAAGUCAUUGAUGGGUACGAUGAGAACUGCAUGCCAAUUAAACGUCCAGGGAAAUUAUAUGAUUCAAUCCCAAGUCCAUAUGACAACCAGCUUCAGGCUGAAAAUGCGAACAAUGGGGUAGCCCCACCAGAUCUGUCCUAUGUGAUCUUGGGACGAGAAGGGGGAGAGGACUACAUUUUCUCACUACUGACCGGAUAUUGUGAUCCUCCAGCAGGAGUUAAUGUUCCUGAAGGAGUCCACUACAAUCCAUAUUUCCCAGGAGGAUUAAUCGCUAUGGCACAAGCUCUCUAUAAUGAAAUAAUUGAAUAUGAUGAUGGUACCCCUGCCACACAGAGCCAGCUGGCUAAGGAUGUAGUCACUUUCCUCACAUGGGCUGGAGAGCCAUUCUGGGAUGCUAGGAAGAAUCUGGAACUUAAGUUCUACACAUUAAUGGUAAUUCUGGGAAUAGGAUCAUACUAUUACAAGAGAAGGAUCUGGUCAUCACUGAAACAUAAACUCGUCGUCCCCAAUUACAGUAAACCAAGCAAGACAGUACUCAGGGCCAUCAAACCUGGCGGUCCAAAGGGCAGUCCCAAGUCCUAGAGAGGCGGAGUUAUGAAUAUUUAUUAAUGACCAAUUGAAAGUGACACUGGAUUGCUGAGAGAAAACAAAAAAAGACUUGAAGGACAAUUUUUUAUGAAUAGGAAAUAUUAGUACUGUGAAGAUAUUUCUGUUACAACUGAAUUAUUUCCAAGUAUGUUUGAAAGGAAGAAAUAAAUUUUUAAAUGUU